UUUCUUCUCCGCUAUUUUUCAUCCGAUUUCUGCUGUCAAAAAUCAAGAAUCGGUUCGGUGGUUCGGUCGGUUCGCUCUUCUCGCUCCUCCCCGUCAGAGUGGUGGUUAGACAAAAAGAAAUCCUUUACGCAAGGAAAAAUAUUCACCCCUUUUAUCAAAGUGCAGGAAAAGUGGAUUCCUCUUACAAAACUGUACAACUGCAGGCAGAUUUGUGGCCGUCGUAUAAACAAUAAUCCCUCCAUAAACGGUGCAAUGCGGUGCGUGUGACAAACAACCGGACGGGCUAAAAAGAAGGAGCAGGAGCAACCCGAAUCGUCUUCGGACUAGUGCUAGUGUCCGCGGUUAGUGUGGAUUUUAGUUUUGCUUUACGUUAUUUACACGUGACGAAGAAGGAACAAUAACAUUGGUGCAGUGAAAUCCAGUCCAUAAAGUGCACUAGCAGCAUCAAUAGCAGCUGUUUUCCUUGUAUAGUAUGUAUGAUUGCAUCUCGGGAUCACGCGUUACAUCCUUUUUCCCGGUUCCAUCAUCAGCGAGAUUAGCGCUUUUAAAUAUAGUUGGGAUUACCUACGUACACAAGUGAUAAGCGUUAUCUCCCCCUUCCGACGGACAGAGUGCUAAAAAGUAGCAAUCUCUGCAUCUGCUGCCUUGCCAUCAGCGCGAGAUGAAGCGAUUGUCUGCAUAGCUGAUUUGCAACCAAUUUGCUCGCGCUCGCUUCUCGUCGUCGUCGCCGUCGUCUUCCCUGUGAAGCAAGAGAACCGCGCGAGGGAAGGCAAGUGAAGGUCGUUCGGAAGCAGUCAACUGCGAAGAAAAGGCAGGAGGAAAACAGCUGGCAGGACACCCAGCCCCCGGAUCGGUCUCCGAUGAAAUGUGGAUAAACGAAAGUGCUAUGGUUUUUGCUCGUGAUUUAGUUACACGUUGAAUUUACCUCUUCAGUUCGAUUUACUUCCAUUUAUUGACUUCGGGAAAUUGUCGUUUUUGUUUUUGAUCAUUGUUUUCGUGAGGAAAGUUGCCACUAUUUAGUUGUUGUUGUUGUUGUUGUUGUUGCAAGCGUUUAUUCAGAAAGUAAUCAGUUCGUGGUAGGUACUGUGGGAUAUCCAAAAUCAACAACCAUGCGGGUCGUGGCACUUGUGAGCGGUGGCAAGGACAGCACCUACAACAUGAUGCAGGUAACGGCAGAAGGGCAUCAGGUGAUCGCCCUGGCUAAUCUGCAUCCGAAAGAUAAAGACGAACUAGAUAGCUACAUGUACCAGACGGUGGGCCACCAGGGCAUCGAGAAGCUGGCCCAAGCCAUGGAACUGCCACUAUACCGGAAGAUCACACGGGGAAAUUCGAUCAACACCAAGGGAAACUAUGAACCGACGGAGGACGAUGAGGUCGAGGACCUGUACGAUCUUCUGCGGCAGGUUAAGGAGGAGCAGAACGUCGAGGCUGUUGCCGUUGGGGCUAUCCUUUCGGACUACCAGCGUGUGCGUGUCGAAAAUGUCUGCAACCGCCUCCAGCUCAUCUCGCUGGCCUACCUCUGGCGGAGGGAUCAAACCGAGCUGCUGCAGGAGAUGAUCGAAUGCCAGGUGUAUGCGAUCAUCAUCAAAGUGGCCGCCCUCGGGCUCAUACCCGAUCGGCAUCUGGGAAAAUCCCUCAAAGAGAUGCAACCACAUCUGCUCAACAUGAAGGAGAAGUACGGAUUAAACGUGUGCGGCGAGGGCGGUGAAUACGAGACGUUCACCCUGGACUGUCCCCUGUUCAAAAGUCGCAUCGUGGUGGACGAUGUUCAAAUGGUAAUAAGCUCCGCUGAUCCGGUCUGCCCGGUUGGGUAUCUCAAUUUCACCAAACUCCGGCUGGUGCCAAAGGAGCGUACCGAAACGGUAGUGAUUAAGAACUCGCUGGACUUCCUUGCCGACCUCAACGAGAGCAGCUACAGCGACUUGAGUGAUCCGGAUUUGAGUGAAACAGAGCUGGAGCUGAUCGAGAAGGUGACCAAUGCCAAGGUGGCAACGAUGCGAAAUUCCUUUAGCAAAGACGAUCUUAGUGGUUCCGUGUCGGACGGACCGAGCGGAGUAUCGCGCAGCAAUAGUAUUACCAAAGAUUUCGCCACGGAAGUGAUACAGCUACCACGAUCACCGGUCAAGAUCAUCACCAAACGGCUUAGCAUAGAUGGUAUUAAUGAGAGUGGUAGUAAAGAGAGUGCUGCAACAACUCUAGCCGAAACACUGGAUUAUAAACGGGAAAUGGAACCACUGACGAAUCAUCCCCGGGCGAUGGUGAAUUCCAAAGGAUGGAUGUGGGCUGCCGGCGUUCAGGGAAUAGCUGAAACAUCUAGUCAAGCGAUGACAGUCGCUCUAAAGACAUUAGAAGACCUUAUAACCUCAAAUUCGUUUACACUUCGUCAGAUAUGCUACAUUACUUUGUAUGUGCGCGAUAUGAAUGAAUAUUCCUACAUAAAUGAGAUUUACUCGCAUAAGUUUGGCUUCACCAAUCCGCCUACCAGGGUGUGUGUAGAGUGCCCUCUUCCCGAUGAUUGCCACGUCGUGUUGGAAGCAGUUGCAUUCAAUUCUGAUAAAUCAAUUUCCGAACAGGAGCACAAUAGACACACGAUGCAUGUGCAAGGCAUCUCCCACUGGGCUCCAGCCAACAUUGGCACCUAUAGUCAAUCGACUAAGGUGGGUAACAUAACCUACAUUUCCGGUCAGAUUGCUCUCGUUCCGGGUAGUAUGACUAUAAUAGAGGGUGGUAUCAAACAGCAGUGCAAGCUCACGUUGCGCCACGUCAGUCGGAUAGCUAAAGCAAUGCACGCUCAGGGUCAGUUGCGGGACGUUGUUCAGGGAAUUUGUUUUGUGACUCAUCCCAGCUAUAUCUACGAGGCCCGCCGCCAGUGGGAACGACGGACGGCGAACGCAAUUAUGGACUAUAUCGUAGUACCGGCACUACCUCGCGGAGCCCUCGUCGAAUGGCAGGUCUGGACUCACACGCACAACGAUAAGUUUGAUUAUGAAGAGACUGGAUGUUCAAUAGGAGAUUAUUCAAUUUCGAUUCGCAGACGUUGGAACUACGAGAACAAUUGCGCUUCUGUUGUGUGCUAUGUUUCUACCGGCCUAGCAACAUCAUCGACCAAGCUAGCGGACCUGAGUGACGACUUCCUGCUACAUCACAACCAACUUGCACAUAGCAUCAGCCGGGAACAGAUCCACGAUACGAUCGCCUACGUACUAAGGAAGCUGCUUCAAGAUUACCCGCUGGGGAACAGCCCAACAACCGAGUCCGGUUCUUCAUCAUCGGACGAACAGCACGGACAAAAACAUCAUAAUAAUCAUCACCACCACCACCACCAGAGUCACCAUAAAACCGAUGAAGCACCAUGCAAACCGACCGUUCAUCUUCGCUUCUUCUAUCAGGUUUCGGCGAUUGGUUCCGUCCAGUCGCUUGUGGAAGCAAUCGAAAGUUUUCUCAGCUUACCGUCCAACACGGCCCGGAUCGCAUACACCGUCGUUCCGGCCUGCCAUUUGCAAAAUUUUAGCACCUUCAUCUCGAUCUGCGGCCUGCGGCAUCACGAAUAGAGCGUGAGUUGUUUCUUCUUUGCUACGAUAUUUUUACAAACAUACCAUUUUCCAAUUUUACAUGUCAUUCAAAAGCUAAAGCAACCACAGUCAGUUGUUCAAAGUCUAAACAAACAGCAAAGCAAAAACCCUUAAAUAUAAUAUUACAAUAUUAAACAAAAGGAGGUAUUCCCUGAUGCUGUUGCUUAUACCAGGAAAUGUUGGAAAUUAUGCGAUUCAAACUCGAAGAAUGUUAUAAUAACUCCCGCAGCAGAUGUGUCGCAGCAAAUUAUUUACUAUGAUACGCUAGCAGGCGGAAUGUUUAGAAUGCUACUCUUAUUCAAAGUCAGCUAAAAAUAUAUAUAAUAUAUUACAUGUUAAUGAAGAAAAGAAAUUGAUGAACCAAUGCAAAGCAAAAGACAAACA